CCCCCGGCAACGCGCCCACGUCCGUCCCGAAACAGGCGGUUCGGCGACGUCAGUGAAUGUGCAGUUGGGAGUUAUCAAGUCACCUCGAGCGACUCGGAAAACCUGUUUUUCCCACUGGGGGCAGUGAUUAUUCUUGUUGCCUCUUGCCUUUAGAAAGUUACUCCAACACGUUUGCUUAUCCGUCCAGAAUAAGAAGGGAAAAUAAAUUGCGUGGUCUGUUUCCGGAUGAAGGGGUGUAGGGGGAUCCCGCCAAGUGGGCAGAGUCAGUUUUAGCCGGAGCGGCGAGUCCAGCCCAUUGACAAUUCAGCUCCGGAAAGGGUUAACUGCAUCCUGCUGGUUCGGUUUACAUGUAAAUAGAGAGCAGCUGCUCCGCGCGGGCCCCAGUUGGCCCUUUUAAGUUUUUGAUUGGUUGCCAAUGACAUCACCGCCCGUGUUAUAACACUGAAGACCCAAAGCGGCGUCGGAUAAGCCCUCCUUAAAAAGACAAGGCCACGCCCCUUCUCCGCCCCCUCCGGACGCCUAUUGGUUGCGGGCUCCUGCGAAGUAGCGGUCAGCUUUCUUCGGGCUCCUAUUGGCCCAACGCGCCGUCGGUCGGUCGCCGGCCCGCCCCCUCAGAACCGUACAUUUACAGUGUAGCAAAAGAGAAAGUAACUAUGUUGCUGCUGGAGAUCAAUGAAGCCGAGUGAGUGAGGGCUGAAUGUGCGAAGCCAUAGCUGAAGAGGAGCGCCAGAUGGUGGAGGGUUACACUUAUUUAUGAACCCCGGACUAGAGGUGGAAGGACGACUAGCGAGGGAGAGGGGAUAGCUCAGUAUUUCUCUGGGAGGUUUCCUGGGCCAAUCUGGACGGUUUCACGGGCAAUAUAUACGCCCGAACCUCUGCUGCAGGGAUGCAGAGCUCUUUAUACACUCCAUGUGUGUGUGUGUGUCUGUGUGUGUGUGUGUGCGCGAGCGCGCGCGCGCACUCCGUGUGGAUGUGGGGGUCCCAGCUUGUGUCUCCGAGAACAGGCUUCUGCGUCUCUCUCAAAGGAAAUGGACUGUUGGUCCUGGAACAUACCCUAGCAGACUGUCUUGAGUUCUUCUUGAAUUGCCAGUUUUCAGCCUCCUCAUGCCUCCGUCUCCUUUAGACGACAGGGUAGUGGUGGCACUGUCUAGGCCCGUACGACCUCAGGAUCUCAACCUUUGUUUAGACUCUAGCUACCUUGGCUCUGCCGCCCCUGGCAGUAACAGCCAUCCUUCUGUCAUCGCCACCACCGUUGUGUCCCUAAAGGCUGCGAAUCUGACGUAUAUGCCCUCAUCCAGCGGCUCUGCCCGCUCCCUGAAUUGUGGAUGCAGCAGUGCCAGCUGCUGCACUGUGGCCACCUACGACAAGGACAAUCAGGCCCAAACCCAAGCCAUUGCCGCUGGCACCGCCACCACCGCCAUUGGAACCUCUACCACCUGCUCUGCCAACCAGAUGGUCAACAACAGUGAGAAUGCAGGCUCUCUAAGUCCAUCAGGUGGGGUGGGCAGCCCCGUGUCAGGGACCCCCAAACAGCUAGCCAGCAUCAAAAUAAUCUACCCCAAUGACUUGGCAAAGAAGAUGACCAAAUGCAGCAAGAGUCACCUGCCGAGCCAGGGCCCCGUCAUCAUUGACUGCCGGCCCUUCAUGGAGUACAACAAGAGCCACAUCCAAGGAGCUGUCCACGUUAACUGUGCCGACAAGAUCAGCCGGCGGAGACUACAGCAGGGCAAGAUCACUGUCCUAGACUUGAUUUCCUGUAGGGAAGGCAAGGACUCUUUCAAGAGGAUCUUUUCCAAAGAAAUUAUAGUUUAUGAUGAGAAUACCAAUGAGCCGAGCCGAGUGAUGCCCUCCCAGCCACUUCACAUAGUCCUCGAGUCCCUGAAGAGAGAAGGCAAAGAACCUCUGGUGUUGAAAGGUGGACUUAGCAGUUUUAAGCAGAACCAUGAAAACCUCUGUGACAACUCCCUCCAGCUCCAGGAGUGCCGGGAGGUGGGGGGCGGCGCGUCCGCGGCCUCGAGCACGGGCACGCUACCUCAGCCCGUCCCCAGCACCCCCGACAUCGAGAACGCAGAGCUGACGCCCAUCCUGCCCUUCCUGUUCCUUGGCAACGAGCAGGAUGCUCAGGACCUGGACACGAUGCAGCGGCUCAACAUCGGCUACGUCAUCAACGUCACCACGCACCUGCCCCUCUACCACUACGAGAAGGGCUUGUUCAACUACAAGCGGCUGCCGGCGACCGACAGCAACAAGCAGAACCUGCGGCAGUACUUUGAAGAGGCUUUCGAGUUCAUCGAGGAAGCUCACCAGUGUGGGAAGGGGCUUCUCAUCCACUGCCAGGCGGGGGUGUCCCGCUCAGCCACCAUUGUCAUCGCUUACUUGAUGAAACACACGCGGAUGACCAUGACUGAUGCUUAUAAAUUUGUCAAAGGCAAACGACCAAUUAUUUCCCCAAAUCUUAACUUCAUGGGGCAGUUGCUGGAGUUUGAAGAAGACCUCAACAACGGCGUGACACCGCGAAUCCUUACACCAAAGCUGAUGGGCGUGGAGACGGUGGUGUGACGGCAGUCUCGCUGGAAAGGAUUACUGUUCUCCAUUAGGAGACGAAGAGGAAGGAGGAUGGAUUCGUUCUUUUCUUUUCUUUUUUCUUUCUUUCUAUUUUUUUUUAAGAUGGGGAUAAAGGUUGUGAAUGGAGACAAACUUGUUUAAAAGCCUUUUUAUUUUUAACAAGUGUGAGAAGAAUUUAACUUUUGAUGCCAUUGAAAUUUACUUCCCGCGAACUGACAAAGCAGGGAGGCUAAAGAAGUGAUUUUUUUAAGCCGACGAUAAAAAUAUGAUCAAACUCGUUUCUCCCCCUUUUUCCUUUUAAGCUAUUUGUAGAAUUUACGAUGAAUUAGUCUGUGCAGGUUCAUAGACCGAAGAUGCUACACUUUAAACCAAUUAAAAAGAACCAAAAGUUAGUAGACAAGACCUUGAAUCGUGAAGACCCGGGAUCUGCCUGGACGGUCCACACAGAAAACAAAAACCCAACCAAACCAGGCCCUGUUGUGCUCAGCGGUGCAAAGAGAAGACCAGGGCAGCUUAAGUGGUCUAAGAACUCUUCACACUCGUCAAAGAGGCAAAGGAUACUGUUGAUUUUGUGUGUUUCAUACUCCGGAUUAUUUUUCUCCCUUUCUGGGUUUCAGAGGUUUUUUGAAAUAGCAAGGAACUGACCAUUAUACCAUAUGCCUUCACUGGCUUCUUGUGCAAUAAUGUGGUGUUUUGAGUGUGCAAACGAGUUAGAGCUGGCAGCCGAAUGACAGACAAAUAGUGCAACGUUGCCAGUUUGGAGAUAGAGAGGGAUUAAAAGAAACCAGUUACUUUCUUUCCCACCUUUUCCCUUUGUUUAAUUUUCUUUUCUUUGAUUUGACUCUGGUUACAGUGCCAUAAACCUUGUUACAUAUGUAUAUCAGAAUGUAAAAAAAAAAAGACAAAAAU